ACAAUCGUCCUUUACGACUGUACAAGGUACAAGUGUUUUCUAUAUAUUUUUUGAGUCAGUAAUAUCAAGAUUUAAUGCCUUCCUUUUCAGAACACAUAAUGUGUACUAAAACAGAUUGUAGAUUUACGCAAAGAAUCAUCUGGAACGAAUUGGAACGCAGCUUGAUCACGUUUGCAGCAUGAAAACAGGAAGUUUUCAUGAGUUGCAGCUGUGAGCUACAUAGCUUGCGAGCUCAGCUAACUGGUUGUUGCUGGCUGUCGGUGUUAGCCGAAGCUGGUAAGAGAGAAAGUAAUAUGAAGCUAUGGAGGAUCGGAAGCUAAAGCGCAAGAGUACCCGAAGCGCCACCAACCCCGGGGCUCAGACCGGAGGCUUAUCCCGGAAGAACAGUUCCUCCUCCAGGAGAAGGAAUGUCGGCUACAACCACAACACGGGGAGCAUCUCCAGUCAAAGAAAUAGGAACCGGAGGGGAGCGAGAGAUAGUAAGGCAAAAUAUCCACAGGCUGUGGGAGGGAAUAAGAGCCAGGGCCAGGCAGCACCCGUCAUCCAGCACUCUUUUCUGACUGAUGUCUCAGAUGUUCAGGAGAUGGAGAAAGGUCUGCUCAGUCUGCUCAACGACUUCCACUCAGGAAAACUACAGGCCUUUGGCAAUGAGUGCUCCAUUGAUCAGAUAGAACACAUCAGAGAGAUGCAGGAGAAGCUGGCAUGCUUGCACUUUGACCUUUAUUCUGAGGUAGAGGAAAUGCCUGAGGAUCAGCGGAAAACGGCCUCUGACACCAACAUGGACAAGCUACUUUUUAAUCUUGAGGAGCUCAGUUCUUCCAUCCCUCCAGCCAGAAGCUGAAUCUAGCGGACACUCAAGAAAUCCCAAGGAUGGCCACCGUGUGACGUUUGUUCUUCAUCCUCCUCUUUCCACAUUAUCUCUCCUGAAACCACGUGUAGGCAAUCUAACAAGGCGGAGUUGGAGGAACUUUACCUGAGGUUGAAUAUAUUUUCAGAUUGGCUUCACUGCACCCACAGAGUUAAUCAAAGAUGGGUUUAACAGUACUAAGUCUCUUAUAUUAAAGAUAAGGUACUUAUGUUUUCUAUUUAUUGUAUAAUACUUGUAAGAAAGUUGCACGGAGGCUUAGGUCAAGAUCUCCAGGUUCAUUAUAUUUUACAUAUUUGGUGCAUCCUGUCAUUUGUGAAAGCAGCAUAGGUUUAUAACCCACCAGAUUCUUAUUUUUCAUUGAAAAAUACAGAAAGUUGUUGUCAUUUCAUCUUCAGAUUUAACAACAAAGAUAAUGUAUCAAAAUAGCUCAACUAAAAUUCAGUGAGCAGCCCUUCAGAGUUUGAAUGGAACAUGCAAAAUACACAUCACAUUGUUUCUGACGGGUCAGUUUGAUGCUGGAAGAAUAAUCAGAAAUCCAAAUGCUAACAUCACAGCCAUGCCUUAUUUUCUUUUCUUUUUUAUUUAAUCAUACUUGCCUUAUUAGUUAGCAAUGUUUAAAUCAGUGUUUCCCAACCCUGGUCCUCAAGGCACACUGUCCUACAUGUUUUAGAGGUUUCCCUGCUUUAAUGUGCUGAAUUCAACUGAUUGCAUUUCAGCAAACGCCUGUUAAUCAGUCAUCGAUUGAAAUCAGCUGGACUGAAGCAAGGAAAAACCUGAAACAUGCAGGGCAGUGUGCCUUGAGGACCAGCGUUGGGGAAAACUGGUUUAAAAGACUGUAUCUGAUUUAUUAUGUCUAAUUUUAACCACUAGAGGGGGGUGUUUUCACACUUAGCCUUUUGCUUGAUUUUACUUUUGUUGAUUUAAUAAAUGUCAUGUAUUUGACUUUUUUGGGUGUAUUUCUUUCAUUUACAGUAAGAAAGUAUUUUUUUCUCAAAGUCAGUUGCAAUAAAGAUCUAUUAAAAAUA